UGGGUCACUCUGUUGCUCGCUUCCAACUUGUACCUACUUCGUUUGGAUUUUUAUAGAGGUGCCUUUCGCUUCACUAAACUUGCAACAUAGCAUAGUUUAGUAUUUUCAUUCUACCGAGAAAGCUGGCGGGUGUGCAAAAGUGUUAAAAUACUAAACGAAAGUGUUGCAGAUUUAUGUUAAGCACCUUUUAGUGUUUUUAUUUUAGGAGUUAGUUGAUGAUAUAGUAAAGGGUUGCGGGCGCGACGAGUGGCGAGGCGGAAUCAUGGAUGACGAUCAGCAGUUUUGUCUGCGGUGGAACAACCACCAGUCUACUCUAGUCUCCGUGUUCGACACACUCUUGGAGAAAGGCAUUCACGUGGACUGUACCCUGGCUGCAGAAGGACAGACGCUAAAGGCGCACAAAGUGGUCCUGUCCGCAUGCAGUCCCUAUUUCGAGAAUGUAUUAUCCCAACAGUAUGACAAGCAUCCAAUUAUCAUUCUAAAAGAUGUCAAAUAUGCAGAGUUGAGAGCCAUGAUGGAUUAUAUGUACCGUGGUGAAGUGAACAUAUCACAGGACCAGUUGGCUGCGUUGCUCAAAGCGGCCGAGUCCUUACAGAUUAAGGGUCUCUCAGACAAUAAGCCCUCCCGGCCACCGUCGCGCCCUGCACAAGCCGCCCCUGCACACCCGCCUCGUGCGCCCUCUCCACCACCACAGGGCAGGUCGAGCAGCUCCGAGCGGCGCGGGGGCUCGCUGUCCCCGAGCCGACGGCGCAAGGUGGCGCGCCGCUCGCUGGACGCCGAGCCCACCAGCGAGCCGCCGCCCUCCGAGGAGGCGCCGCCCUCCAGAGACACCGUCGAGGACCUCACCAUUGACGAGGACCCCGACCAGACCCCGCAACACAACGACGUCGUGCGCAAUUUCCAAUGGCACAUGGAACGAUCUCAAGAUGAACUGAUGAACUCUAACGACAGCAUCCGGGAGUCGCAAGGUCGAAAGUCGACGCCGCGGCAUAGUAUAAUGACGAGGAGCAAAAAAAUAAACGAGGAGAGCGGAAACACCACCACCCUCGCUAUACUCAAGAACGUCACCUCCGCCAACUCACCGCCAGAGGACGCCAAGGAGAACAAGAGGCAGCCGCAGCCCGUCGCCGUACCCGCCGCGCCCCCUGCGCCCGUCGCGCCCGUCGCACCCGCCGCACCCGUCGCGCCCGUCGAGGUGAAGCAGGAGGCGCGCUACAACGUGUUCCCGCGCGGCGGCAGCCAGCUGCCCUGCGCACAGUACAAGACGGACAAGGGCUACCGCUGUCCCAACUGUCAGCGCUGCUACAACGCGCGCAAGAACCUCGUGCGCCACGUGACGCUCGAGUGCGGCCGCGAGCCUCAGUACAAGUGUCCGCAUUGCGCCUACAGCAAGCAUCGCCGCAACGAGCUCAAGAAACACAUCGAGAAGAAGCACCCCGCGUCCCCGCACGCCGCGCCCCGCGCAGCCCCGCACGCGCCCCACGCGCCCCACGCCGCGCUCGUCAAGUGACGGCCCCGCGCGCCCCACGCGCCCCACGCUACUACACACCACUCGUGCCUUAUUGCUAACUCGAUCUUCCUUAUAGUUGAUGGUAUUACUACGUAAAGUUUUAUAUGAGCCUUGUAUACUUAUGUUACUUUUAAGAACGAUUGAUAUUUUUGGACCAUUAAAUAACUUUUCGCGUUAUCGUGCGCUUUUCAUUUGGCCCCGUCCCGUGUCCGGCUGCGAACCUCUUAUGGGAAGAUUACAGUCAGUCGAACUGUGCAUGUCUGCAUGACUUAGAAGCUUUCGCCUAUUAUGAUUUC